AUGGCUUCAGUGACUGAUAGUAAAGCUGGAGUCAAAGAUGCUUCCGACCAGAAUUUUGACUGCAUGUUCAAACUGCUCAUCAUCAGCAACAGCAGCAUUGGCAAAACUUCCUUCCUCUUCCGCUAUGCUGAUGACACCUUUACCCCAGCCUUCGUCAGCACUGUGGGCAUUGACUUCAAGGUGAAUACAGUCUACAGCCAUGAAAAACGAGUGGAGCUGCAGAUCUGGGACACAGCUGGACAAGAGCGGUACCGGACCAUCACCACAGCCUAUUACCGUGGGGCCAUGGGCUUCAUUCUGAUGUAUGACAUUACCAGUGAGGAUUCCUUCAAUGCUAUCCAAGAUUGGGCUACUCAGAUCAAGACCUACUCCUGGGACAAUGCACAGGUUAUCCUGGUUGGGCACAAGUGUGACAUGGAGGAAGAGAGGGUUGUUCCCGCCGAGAAGGGCUGGCUCCUUGCAGAGCAGCUUGGGUUUGACUUCUUUAAAGCCAGCGCCAAGGAGAACAUCAGUGUGAGGCAGGCCUUCGAGCGGCUGGUAGAUGCCAUUAGUGACAAGAUGUCUGAUUCGCUGGACACGGACCCCUCCAUGUUGGGCACCUCCAAGAACACCCAUCUCUCGGACACCCCACCACUGCUGCAGCGGAACUGCUCGUGUUAG